ACAACACCUACAGCACUACCAAACUUUCAAAAAUGCGCUUCUUCACACCCCUCGCCCUGCUACCCGCUGCCGCCCUCGCUGCUACCUUCAAUGGCGUGCGCGACACAGCCUGCCAGCGCUAUGACAGCAACUACGCCACCGUCUCCGCCGCACAAUUGGAGAAACACAUCCUCGCGGGCUAUCCUUCCGCCAAGAAGCAAGCCGAUUCUGGGCGAACGUGGGCCGGACCUCGGUUGGCCCUUUGUCCGUCAAACUCUGAUGAUACGUACGCUUGGAUUCCGGUCUCGGAAUGGUCUGAGGGUGCCCCUAAGAAUUAUGCGGACCAGAGUGGUAUGGUGGCUGUAGUUUACUACAAGGAGACUGAUACAUAUAAUGUUUGUACGUAUUUGGCGUCAAUUCAGCAUAACAUUCCCUAUGCUGGGCGCUGCAAGGCUGUUUAGAGGGGUGGGGAUGGAAUGUAUGGAAAGGAAGUAGGAACUUAGGAAUAUUCCCAGGCAGUCUUGUAGGGAGGAAGGAUAGGGUUUCAUGUACAUAGUUUAGUGUAGAUUUCUUCAAUAUAGGAAUUCUAUUAGCU